AUGAUAAAGACCAAGAACAUAAAAUUAACAAGAAUUGCAACGAAUACCCCUAUGGAUGAUGAUUGGAACAUCACCGGAAAUGACGGCAAUGAAUGGAACGAUACUUACGCGCAGCAGGUGCACGUUGAAAGAAUAGAGUACGAUCCCGGUUAUGUUUUGAAGAAGCUUGGGAUAGAAAUUCGGAGCGCAUACGACGGUGAUAUGGUACUGUGCGAGGGUAAACAGCGGAUCGUUAGAAACAGGCAAAAAGAUGACAGCGUGAGAGACAGGUACAAUGAUGCAUUUCAGAAUAUUUAG